AUGGCGACUGCAGCUUCUCAGGACCAGGACCGAAUAUCCUAUGUACAGUCCUUAUCUUCUCGUUUGGAGAAGGAAAAGGGUGCCGUCACCGCGGACAUUACCCUCCGGUUAGAGCCGCUCCUGCAAUCCAUUAACACAGAUGAUCCAUUUCCGGAGGAUCCGGAUGCCCCUGUUGAGGACCAACAGCUAACUGUUCGAGCCGUAUUAGUUGGCUGCAUGUUGGGAGCCGUCAUCGCGGCCAGCAACAUCUACCUGGGUCUCAAAACGGGGUGGACGUUUGGCGCGUCGUUGUUCGGCUCAAUCAUAGGCUUCGCGAUCUUGAAACCACUCUCAAGAAGUGCACCGACUUUUCUUGGUGGGGGCUAUUUUGGGCCUAAAGAAAACAAUGUUUGUCAAUCCGCCGCCACGUCAGCGGGAAGCCUAGGAUUGCUCUUUACCUCGGGUUUCCCUGCCGCAUACCAACUUGGGCUACUGAGCGUUCAUCCCAAAGACGACAUCGGCAGACUUAUCACUUUCACGAUUUGUUGCGCCUUCUUUGGUUUGAGUUUCACUCAACCGCUGAGGAAAUUCUACAUUUUGAAGUUAAAGCUCGUAUUUCCCUCCGGCGUGGCCGCUGCAUACACGAUUCAAUCUUUGCAUGUGGGCAAGAACGCAGAAGUGAUUGCAAAGAAGAAAACCAAGACGCUGAUCUACUCCUUCAUCUUUGCCAUUUCUUUACGGGUGGUCAGCGAGUAUGCUCCAGGAUUGCUUUGGGAUUGGCACGUUUUCUACGCUCUGAAUAGAAUUGGGUGGAGUUCGACGAUCGCUGCUGAGAGCUGGGUGAGCAUAUCUGGACCCCCCGCGUUCAUUGGCGUAGGGAUGCUCACAGGUAUCAAUGCUUCGUAUAGCUUCCUCGGUGGAAGUUUCCUCGCUUGGGCUGUUUUGGGCCCUAUAAUUGUCGCCAAAGGAAUAGCUUUCGGAACCGUUGCGGACACAUCUAUACCUGGAUACAUGAAUUAUAUGGGAAUGACUCUUGAAAAUCCGAUCCAGGAGCCAUCUCCGAGAUACUGGCUGAUCUGGCCUGGCACACUAAUGCUUCUCUGCGCAAGUUUCGCAGAAGUAGCAUGUAAUUGGAGGUCGUUAUAUGUCGCAAUGCGCUCCGCUUGCGGAAUGCUUCUGCAACGGUUUUCGAAAGACGGUGUAGUGGACGAUGUCGUGGACCCUGUACCUGAGCACGAACGCGUGCCUUUCUGGGCUUGGGGUUCUGUACUUGUCCUUAGUACGAUCCUUACAUGUGUCAUAAUGGGCGUUCAGUUCGGACAGAACGUUGGUGUCACUCUCCUUGCGAUUGUGUUCUCUUUCUUGUUCAGUUUCAUUGGCUGUGAAAGUUCUGGUCGGACAAACAUCAAUCCCGUCACGUCAAUCGGUAAUGCCUCGCAGCUCGUCUUCGGGGGAUUAGGAAGGGGUCAGAACUACUCCGUCCAACGAGGCGAGCUCCUAAACUUGCUUUCUGGAAUGUUGACUCUAGCUGGGGACAUGAUUGGCGAUCUCAAAACGACACACCUCCUCCGCGCGUCCCCUAGGGCUGUUUUCGUUGCUCAACUCUGCGGAGCUGUAGUAUCAAUUUUCAUGGCUGCUGGCCUCUACGUCGUGUUUUCCACCGCUUACCCGUGCAUCAACGAUUUGAGCUACCUAACGUGCACCUUCCCCGCGCCUGAUGUGCAGUCGUGGCGUGCAGUGGCCGUUGCUGUGUCUUCGACCACGUUGCCCAUUCCACCGUCUUCUGGAUAUGCUGCCAUCGCACUUGGAUUGGUGGCCGUCAUCUCUGUCGUAGCAAAGUAUACUGUGGUUCCUCCGAAAUAUCACGACUUCAUACCCAACUUCAAUGCUAUUGGAAUUGGGUUCAUAAUGAAUGUCUGCACGUACCCCAUGGCAAUGUUUUUCGGCUCGACUCUUGCAUUUUUCUGGAGAAGAAUGUUCUUCAACAACUACCAGAUGUAUUGUGUUGCUGUGGCAGCAGGUUUUAUUGCAGGAGAAGGUCUUGGUGGUAUCGUGAACGCAGUUUUCACAAUUUCGGGCAUCUCUGGUGCAACGUACGGAACAACCGUCGGGUGCCCUGGUAAUAUUUAUUGCGGAUAA